AGAUUCCGUCACGUCAACGCCUCUACAGCUUCCAGUUGUUUAACGGGAAAUCCCCGCCUCCAACUCCCCCCCAAAUGGACGUGUCGCUCAGUUGAUUGCCGUCUUCCUGUACUGUUAUCCCGCCAUGACCGACCUCACGCCGGUUUUCAAUGGCCUUCUCAAGCCGCACGAGGUCUCCACGUCGAAAGGGAGCUUCAGCUUCGACGACCUGGACGAUUUCUUGAGGGAGGCUUACCGAAUAAACUCUCACAUCGUUUCGCUCCAUGCCGAUCUCAGGAAUAUCCGACAAUCCUACCUCUCGACCGCCCAGCCGCGGAAAACGCUGAUCCGGACCGCCCAGAAAGACGGACAACCGCGGCCGCUCUCGAACCGAGAACGCGAGGAGAUCGACGCGAACGCCAAAAAACUACUUCGGGAGCUCAACGCCAGCAUCCGCCAUCUCGCCGAUGUCGAGCAAGCCCGAUCCGAGAUCGCGUCCAAGGUGAUCCAGAAGAAAUUCGCCGCCCGCGGCCUGGGCGCGCUGGGCGCGUGGGCGGCGGGCGGGUCGCCGGUCGACAAAUCGCCCGCGCACGUCGCGGCGGAAGAGCGCGCGAGCGCUCUCAGCACGCACCGGGACAGCAUCUUAUGGCUUCUACGACACCGACUACAGGGAUGCGUCAAGACGCAGCAGGACAUGAUGGAGAGGCGACUGACAAGAGAGAUGGAGAAGACUAGGAGUGUGCUGGCCAAGUCACAGAGGCAGGGCGGUCCGCCUCUCGGCGCGUUAGGAAACGCGCAGGAGGCGGGAGGCGCGGCUGAACCGCGGAGGAGACCAAGUCAAACCGCACCACCACCCGACGAGACGCCACCCUACGCACCGGCUGGAGGGGAUCUGACGGCGGAGCAAAUCCAAAUGUUCGAGAGGGACAACCAAGACAUGCUUAAACAUUACGAGAGCACACUGGACCAAGUUAGGACGGCGGAGAAGUCGCUGAUGGAGAUUUCGGAGCUCCAGACGCAGCUCAUCGACACGCUGACGACGCAGUCGGCGGGCAUCGAGCAGCUGGUCUCGGACUCGGAGAAGACGGCGGAGAACGUCGGCGGGGGCAACAGGCAGCUGAAGCAGGCGACGCAGAAGGCGAGCCCGGCCAGGUACACGUUCUUCGCGACGUGCGGGCUGUGCGCCUUCUUGAUCGUAUGGGAUCUGGUCAUAUGAUCCGCGAGCGAGGUGAGGAUAUGAUGUAUGUAGAGACAACUACCUCUUUUCCCGCUGCACGAAGGAGA